AUGGAAAUCGCGAGUAAAAAAACAAUAGAAAUUAAACAGGUUAAUAAAAAGUUUAAUGAAAAGGCAGUGCUUAACAACGUUUCCUUCUCUGUACGGGCUGGAACCAUCCAUGGCUUCAUUGGUCCUAAUGGGGCUGGUAAAUCAACUACUCUUAAUAUUUUAGUGCGUUUGAUUUUACCAAAUGGCGGUGAAGAAUACAUUGACUUUAAGUCGCCGAAAAUAUACUUAUUGGAUGAACCUUUUAAUGGUUUGGACCCUAGUUUUCGCCAUGAUUUAUUUGAUAAUUUAAAAGCCAUUCGAGAGAAAGGAGGAACUAUUUUAAUGUCGACUCAUAUUCUUUCCGAUUUACAAAAAUUGGCUGAUGAUAUUACAAUGAUUAAAGGGGGAGAAAUAGUCUAUACUGGACCGAAAACGGAUGACAUUGAAGAAACUUAUGAAGAAUACUUUGUCAAAACUAAAAAAAGAUUAUUCGAAUUAUAA